GGAGCGCAAUGCAUUGUGGGUGCCAAAACCGGCAUGUUUCUGUUGGUCGCCGUAUGAUGCUUUGAUUGCUUUGUAUGAGCGAAAAAUUACGAAGACGCUGUGAACGUUUUAUGUGAAAUGUGACUGUGUAUUUUUGCUGAGAACAAUAAUUUCAAGCAAUGGAAGUAGCGGUGAGCAAAUUGUUCGCUACGGCGUUAACAGAAUCCGAGUGGAAUGCGAUUCCCUCUGAUGUGAUUAAAAAAAUUGAGCAUGUUGCGGAAGAACAGUUCGACCAGUUGCUAGCCGCCAAAGCUAUUGCAGAAACGGCUCGAUUCAAUUCCGAAAAAGCCUUAUCUGAAAUAACAACGGAAUUGGAAACAUUAAAAACGGAAAACAACGAUGUUAAAAUUAAACUGGAAGCCGCAACUGCGACAAUUUCCGAAUUGGAAAACCAACUAUCCCAAACGGUCUCCGAAAACAAUAAACUCCAAGAGGCUUUUAAUCGUGUUGAAAAGGAAAUGUCCGAUUACAGACACCAGCGUAAUUUAGCCGUAGAUGAUCGAGAUGAGCUCCAAAAAAUGAUCGACCGUCGUGUUAACGAAAUUAACCGCCUCCAAACCGAUUUUAACAUGCUUACUAAACAAUUAGAAGCUGCCAUAGCGGCAAAAUGUGAAGCUGUGAACAGAGCCGAAGAAGUUGAAUCAUUAAAAUUAACCCUAGAUUAUAAAGAGAAAAGAAUAGAACAAGAAAAAACGUUAUUAAAUGGCCAAAUGGAUGUAUUAACCGAAGAAUUACGCGAAAAAACUGAGGAAUUAUUAAGUUUACGUAGAGAUAACACGUCGAGAGUGGUGCAAUUAGAAGCGAAAUUAUCCGAAAAAAUCCAAGAAUUAAAACUAACAAACGAUUCUGUACAAGUUUUAACCGAACGCAACCAAGUAUUAAUUCAAAAAAUUGAAGAGAUGAAUAAAAAGAGUCUUGAAGAGAAAGAAGUUGCAGCUAAAGCAGUACAAGCUUAUCAACACGAGAUGGACGCACAAAAGAAACUGGUCGUUUUAUACCAGGAAAUGGCUCAAGAAAAAUCAGAACUCACCGAGAAAUUGACGAAUGGUUAUCAAGAAGUUAAAAACAAAUUAGAUGAGGCUGUUGACAAAUACGGUGAAUUAGAAACCAAACACAAAGAAAUGACUGUUAUACACGAAGAAGUAUUAGCAAAAAAGAACGAUUGUAUUGAGUUACUCAAAAAGGAACUUGAUGCGUCUCAAAUACUUCUUGAAGCGUCUAAAAACGAGAGCUUCCAAAAAGAGGUGGAGGGGAUGUCGCCUGCGGCAGCUGUAGCUUCGAAAUUUAUUAAAUCCGGGAUGUCUAUGACGCAGAUUUACACUGAAUAUGUUAAUAUGAGGGAUCAGCAUGCUACUCUUAAAGAAGACCACACAAAACUCCAAGCUUACUUAAAUAAUAUUAUUCAAGAAUUAGAAGAGAGAAGUCCAAUAUUGAUCAAACAAAAUGAGGAUUAUGAGAAAGCUCUUGAAACAAUAAAGGAAUUAACUAAAACUAAUGAUGAUUUGAUUAAUGAAGUACAGAAUUUUAAAGAAAAUGCAGGUGAAGCAAAACGUCUCGAAGGAGUAGCAACUCGUGAAAACUCCCGUUUGAAAAAGGAACUUCAAGAUUUAGGUCGUCAAGUUUGUCAUUUAUUGCGAGAAGUAGAAAAUUCCCGAGCUGGUAGUUCCAGCAACUCAACAGACCACGAUUUAAGUGAUACAACGUCUUCCGCUGAUAUAAUUUCAAAACGAUUGGUCACGUUUAGUGACAUCAGUGAGCUACAAACCAAUAAUCAACGUUUGCUGGCGCUCGUUCGCGAGCUUAGUUCUAAACAAGAAGACGCCGAAGAUAUGGAUGCAGCGGCAGUUGCGGCUUUAAGAACGAAACUGGAGAAAAUGCGCGAAGAACAAGCGGAUCUUUUAGAACAACACGAUAAACAAAGCAAAUUGAUGGGAAUGCUUACGAAUCAAAGGGACAUGUACAGAAAUUUAUACAUGCAAUUGGCUAAUAAUAAAGGGGCAAACGAUAACACAAUUUCCGGUGAGAGAAUGUUUGUGGAAAAUGGCUCCGCCAGUUCAAAAGAACAAGAAAACGAGACUAGUCAAGGAAACGACGAGAAAAUUCAAGAACUCGAAUCUCAAAAUGGAAGUUUAACAAAAGAAUUAAAACUUCUUAAAGAUGAAUAUGAUACAUAUAAAAAAGAAAAGGCCACUAAUGAAAAAUUGCUGAUUGAGGAUCAUGAAAAAACGCGCGGAAAUCUUCAAGAUAUGAUGAUUCAAAACACUAAAUUAGCGGCCAAACUUGAAAGCAUGGACGAAUUAUUUAAAGUUUUAAAAAAUAAUAUGGCUGUUUAUAAAAACCAAAUUGAAAAAUUAGAAGAGCGCAAUAAAUUAUACACUGAAACAAUUACUAAACAUGAAGUUAGCGCUAAAUAUCUCCGAGAAAACGUGCUUGAAGCUCACACGAAAUUAAGUAGACAAGAAGUCCAAGCUAAUAACCUCCAAAAAGAAAACGCGCUUUUACGCGAUUCCGAACAAAGGUUAUUAAAAGAACGCGAGUCUAUGAAACGUGAAGUGCACUCUAAUAAUUUACUUCACACCAAUAUUGAACUUAUCAAAGCCACUCUUGAAAGAAACGACGCUGAAAGCAAAUUAAAAUUAGAAGAACAAUUAAACGACGCUCAUCGCGAAUGUGCCGCUUUAAGAAGACGCCGACAAGAAGAACAGGAUAACUUUAAACAAUUAUCAGAACAUUUAGAGAAACAAACUCAAGCUGCUCAAAGUCGAAUGGAGGAAGAACAGAAAAUCGCUAAUAAAUUGCGGGGAGAAUUAGUACAAUUACGAGAAGAUUUAAUGUCGAAAUCAACUCAACUUGAAGAACUUUCUAAAAAAUUAAAAAUAAGCCUCUUCACCGGAGACGGCGAUUCAAAGAAAUUCCGCGAAUUAGAACAAAUGUUAGUUGAGCGCCAAGCCGAAGUAGAAUCUCUUCAGCAACAAUUAAAAAUAGCCAAAGAAGCUAUCGACCAACAUUCAAACGUAGCCGAAGCGGCCGAAAAACAACUAAUUGAAGUCGUCGAGCAGAAUAACAAGCUUAAGGAAACUACCGAAGCUAAAUUAAAAGAACAAGAAAAAAGAAUUAAAGAUCUAGAGGAACAAUGUUCUGAAUUACAAGGAGAAUUGUCAGUUUACACCGAUGGUCAAGAAGCUGUAAAUAUCGGCAUGCGAAAAAUGGAAAUAGCCCAAUUACAAAUUUCCAAAGAUUUAGUUGAGGCGAAAAAAGAAUUAGAUGCCGCUAAAAUCGAAAUUAAAACGUUGCAAGAAAAUUUGCAAGCAGCCGAAAAUAAAUACGCACACGAAAUGAUGUUGCACAGUAACGACUUGCAAACAUUAACAACUAUUAAAGAAGAAUUAACCAAGACUGUCGAUGAAGUUGAAUCAGUUAAAAUCGCAAGAGAUAAAGCAAUCGCCGCUUUGGAAGAGAGCAAAAUAGGGUGGACUAAUCAAGAAGAAUUAUUUAAAAAAGAAAAGGUUGAAUUAGAAUCAAGAUUUAAAGCGAUGGAAACUCAAAAUGCUUUGUUAUUAGAUCAACUCCAAGAAAUGAAUACUCAACUCGCGAUUGUCCAAGCACAAUCAAGCGAGUCUAACACUUCAGCGAUUGACGCAGACGUUAGUUUUAACCGCUCAUUAAAUGAAAACGAAGCCAAUUCUAGCGAUCAAUUAUUAAAGAUCAUCAAAUAUCUUCGUCAAGAAAAAGAUAUUGCAAUCAGUAAGUGCGAAAUUCUCGAAGCCGAACAUUCUCGCAUCAAAUCAUUACAUGAAGCGUUAAAUAAAGAAUAUGAAGCAACCAAAGCAGCUUUAUUAGUAGAAAGAGAAAAAUCCGACGUAUCAAUGGUAACAAACGCGAAACAUGCUGAAGUUUUACGCAAGGUCGAAACAUUGAAUGCGAUAACUGAUAGUAAUCGAAGCUUAAGAAUGGAACGUGAUGGUCUUUUAUCUCAAAUUAACGAAUUGCGAACAAGAACUAUUACACUCGAGGAGCAAUUAUCGCCGUUACAAGAGAAAAAUAGAGAGUUGGGAAUUAAAGCUGAAGCUAUGCAAACUGAGAAUUUAACGCUAAGAGGUGAAGCAACGCGUUGGAGGCAAAGAGCUAAUAUGUUGAUUGAAAAAUCGAAUCGUACAAGUCCUGAAGAUUGGAAAAAACUUCAAAACGAAAGAGAGAGUUUAGCGAAACAAUUAACUGUUGAACGAUCGAAUAACACACAAUUAACAGCAGAGUUUAAUAAUCUAACAAAAGAAAAAACGAAAUUGGAGGAACAACUAAAAGAAAUUAGAAAACAACAGGCGCUGCAAAAAGAAGAGAUGGAUCGUAUGAGUGAGGAACUCACGACUUUGAGAACUCAAGUCAACAACUUAACAACGGAUCUUUUAGCAUCAAGAAACGACCAUAUUAAAUUAACCGAAGAGCACCGCGUGCUAACAGAAGAAUUUGCCGCAAAAGAUACUAUAUUAGUAGACCUAAAAAAUAAUUUGAUGCAAAUCAGAAAAAUCGCGAAAAAAUAUAAAUCCCAAUCCGAAGAGGUUACUAAAGAACUUGAAGAAUUAAAGAAGCAACAAGCAAAUCAAGAUCAAGCAGACGUUCCCAUCGAUAAACAAGAACAAUUAAGACAAGAAGGUAGGGCGGAAAUCGAAGAGCGAUUAACCCAGAUGGAAGUAGCCCAUCAAGCUAAAAUCGAUGAGAUGAAUCAACAGGUUAGUUCGGCUACGGAAGAAAACGACAGUUCCAAAAAAGAAAUUGAAACUCUAAAACAAACCAGUUUGGAGAAAGAGGAGAGAUUUAAGACUCUAUUCAAAAAUGCCAAGGAUAGAAUUAUGACUUUAACGGAACAAAAUACUACGUUAAAAGCCGAAUUGAGUCAACUCAGCAACCAAGGUCAAGGUAAAAGUGAUCAAAGUCAAGCGGAUAAAGAUAAAUCCGACGAACUUGAUAAAUUAAAGAAAGAAAAAGAUGAAAUUUUAGCAGAGAAACAAGCGGAAAAAGAACGACUAACACAAGAAAUUGAAACGCUUACUCAACGAGUUAAUCAACUGCAAAGACAAUUGGGAUUACAACAAGGAUCAAAACCUUCCACUAGUAGUGGAUCCGCCGAAAAAUCAAGCACAGAACCACCCACUGCUAAUAUUAAACCAAUGAGUGGGCAUUCGACGAAUCAAACUCAAUCGGUAACCGUGCAACCAUGGAGAAAUGUUGGGGAACCUCCUUUAGCUAGCAUACGUCCAAUUUCAAUGGCAACCAGAACCGUUGUGGCUGGACGAACAAGUCAAAGUCCUAGCGUGAUGGUUCCUCCGCAACAACAAGUUCAUACAACUGGUUCAAGUGGAAUUGAAGCCCUUUCAAGCAGUCCAACGAGUUCUCACACCGAUUACGCCCCCGCUACAAGCUCUGCCAGUUCUGCUAUAAUUGGUGUUCGACAAGUCGCUGUACCUCCAACGCAAUCUUCGCAAGAAGAAGAUGAGGAUAACGUCCAGGUGCAAGCACCUCAACAACAAGCCGUAGCUUUAGUUUUACCCAGAGUAGAACCUCCGAAUAGCGCUCAAGAACAGGGAACAAGUAGUAGUAGUAGUUCGAAUACUGUAACGACAACUCAAGCUGCGCAUAAAAGACCUCGCGAAGCUGAUACCGAUUGUCAAUCGGAUGAAGGAGGAAAACAAACUCAACAGGCGAAACGAACGCGAACCAUUCAAGGUACGAUGACGACGACUACCACGGAGAACUUUCAGAGCGUAAGUGAGAGCGGCUUGGAGGUGGAGUACCAGGUGCCGACCAGCAGCCAAAGAGACCACGAGGAGGAUACUGAAAACGUUAUUGUAGUCGAAAGCGAUGAAGAAGGCGAUUGUCCGGAUGAAGGCGAAGGCGCCGACGAUGAACCGGACGAAGCUGACGGCGAAGGUUACGAUAUGGAAGGAACGUACGGUGAACAAAUGAACUAUGAAGAUGAUUGCCAAGAAGUUGAAGAAGAUGAGGGUGGUAAUGAAGUGGAAGUUAUUGAAGAUUCCAGCGAAGUACCGAAUCAAAGUGAGCGACAAGAAGAUCCUCAAGAAGAAACUUCUGAGCAACCUCAAUCUGAAGCGAUUAGCAGUGGUACUGAUGGAAGCUCGUGCGUCACAGUUUCGCAAGCUUCCACUUCCGUUUCUGUUACAAUGCCUAAUUCUAGAACUAGACCAGUUGCUCCUUUAUCGAGACAGCAACAAAGUCAUUUGGAAUUACCAGAAGAAGGUGGUGAUGAUGGAAUUGUUCCUUCAACUCCUACUUUAUAUGUACCAAGACGAUCAGAUGGUUUCGGCGAAGCUGUUAGUUCGCCGCACGUUCCUACAAGUGGAAGAUUUACUUUCAACGAGUCAGUUCCUCCUAGUAAUGCGUCUAAUGAAGUAAUACCAGAGCAAACUUUAGAGAUACCUAUUGAUGAUAAUGGUACUGGUCGAAGUGUACCGAGCACUCCCCUUCAAGCCUCUCCUCAAGAAGCAGGGCCCAGCGGUGAAGAACAAUCCGGACAUAAAAUGCACACGGAUGGAGAAAUUCCUUCAAUUACUGUAAGCGGUGUUGGUGACGACAGCGAACAAGCACCUGAAGGAAGUGGAGGUGAAUGUAUGGGUCCCCCUUCCGUAGCUGGAACCUCCUCAGAAACUGUACAACAAGAACAACAACCUGAAGAAAUGUUAGAAGGCGAAGAUGGGGUAUCAUCCGAGGGUGAGAAGCCUUUAACUUCCGAAGAAGGUGAAGAGGAAGGUCGUGAAGCCGAAGCGACACCAAGCACAAAUACGCGAUCGAAAUCAAUGACAAGGGGCGUUCCAGUUGCUCGGCGAUCGUCAUCUAUGCGACAUGCUACACAUAGUAGAGGUGGAAUAUCCAGGCCAAGUCCAACGCCAAUUGUUUGGGGUGGAGAUCAACGUAUGUUUAGACAAGAACAACCUCAAAGAGGAAGAGGCAAUUUUUCUCCAAGAACUGCAAGACGUAGUCGAGGUCGAAUCCAGAGGCCGUAUGGAGGCGGUCGUUUUUAAUUUUCAUUGCAUUCCACGUCGCGCGUUUCUCGCCGGAUAGUAUUAGUGUUCCCCUACUUACGUUAAUUUAAGUUCAUCAUCAUAGUAGUCUUUUUUUAAAAGAAGUCCUUUUUUUCGUGUAGAUAUCGUCACAUUUGUUCUAUUGUUGAAAGUAAAAAUUGUGUAUAUUUUUCUUUUCCCCCCUUAUUACUUUGAAAGCAAACAUUCGACCGUUUAUUUUAUAGAAUAUAAAAAAAAAAGUUGUUAUAAAAUAGCCAGAUAUAUGGAAGGGACUGAUUUUUCGUAACCCAAUCGUUUUGUAUUUUGUAAUGUGGCCUCUCCCCCGAUUCACUCUUUGCAGACGCAUAAACAUGGUGUUAGUGUAUUAGGAUAUGUCAACCUUAAACUUUGUUCAAUAUAUAUAACGAUUUAAAUGUGAA